AUGAAAGAUAAAGAGUGUAUAAAAGAAGAAGAUCUAAAAGGGAACCAGGAAGGGGCACACAUAAAAGAUAUAGAUUUUUCUAAACUCAGUGAAAAAGAAGCCUUCGAAAUUUUAAAAGUUAAUAAGGAAAGUGGACUGGCAGAUAGCGAAGUGAGGCGGCGUUUAGAGAUACACGGAGAAAACUGUCUUGAGAGUAAUGAAGAAAGUCGAAUUAUAAAGUUUUUAAGAUUCUUGUGGAAUCCUUUAUCAUGGAGUAUGGAGAUUGCUGCAAUCCUCUCUAUAAUUUUGCUAGAUUAUGUCGAUUUCAUCUUAAUUUUUGGAUUGCUUUUUCUAAAUGCAAUAAUUGGUUACCACGAAGAAACAAGCGCUGGUAACGCUAUAGCCGUCCUUACGUCCACUCUUUCGCCUAAAGCAAAAGUACUUAGAAAUGGGGAAGUUUUGACUAGGGAAGCUGCAAACUUAGUACCUGGCGACAUUAUUUUUGUUAGGUUAGGGGACGUAAUUCCAGCAGAUUGCAAAAUCUUAGAGCAAAGCAAUUCAGAACCACUAGUAAUAGAUCAAGCUGCCUUAACCGGGGAAUCUUUACCCGUAAAAAAGUCAAGUGGUCAAGUUGUCUUCUCUGGUUCAUCAGUAAAGCAAGGCGAAAGCUUUGCGUUGGUGUAUGCAACAGGCGCCAAUACGUUUUUUGGAAAGGCUGCUUCCUUGGUCAGCGGGGUGGACAACCCUGGGCACUUGCGUCAAGUCAUGACUGCCAUCGGGGCCGUCUGCUUGCUAGCCAUUCUACUCUGGGCAAUUAUCGAACUUAUAGUCCAGUUUGGAAGCAGAAAACUGUAUUGUCGCUUGGGACCCGAAGGCAGCUGCCCCACCAUCUCUAACUUGCUGGUAAUUAUCGUGGGGGGUAUUCCCAUUGCCAUGCCUACCGUCCUCUCCGUCACUCUGGCCAUGGGAGCCUUCCGAUUGGCCUCCAGCGGAGCAAUAGUUUCUCGUCUAACAGCUAUUGAGGAGAUGGCCGGUAUGGACAUGCUCUGUUCUGACAAAACUGGCACUCUAACUCUGAACCAAUUAUCGGUUGACAUGGAUAACCUGGAACCUUUAGAACCCUUUAAAAAAAAUGAUAUAUGCUUAUAUGCAGCUUUGUCAGCUAAAGUUGAGCACGGAGAACCUAUAGAUAUUGCAGUUCAUGAAGCCUGUGAGGAGAAAAUUGAAUUAUGGGAAAAGUACGAGUGCAUUAAAUAUACACCCUUUAAUCCCGUAGAUAAAAAAACAGUAGCCACUAUUAGAGCGAAAAAUAACGGUAAAAUUUUUCGAUGCUCAAAAGGCGCGCCUCAAGUUAUUUUAAAAAUGGCUCGCAAUUACGCCGAAAUAAAAGAAAAGAUUGAUAAGCGGAUCGUCGAGUAUGCCAGCCGUGGCUAUAGAGCACUAGGGGUUGGUUAUUCUGAAGGAGAAAAUAAUGACCACUGGGAAUAUGUCGGACUGAUCCCUUUGUUUGAUCCACCUAGACAUGACACAAAAGUCACCAUAGAAAGAUGUAUAGAAUUGGGAAUAGGCGUUAAAAUGAUCACUGGUGAUCAGUUGCCUAUUGCUAUUGAAACUGCCAAGCAAUUAGGCAUGGGCUCCAACAUGCACGAUACAAGUGUCCUCGAGCAGGGCGGCAGGAGAGGACUUGUGCAAGGCACCCUUCCACUUAGAGAACUUAUUGAGCAGGCAGAUGGUUUUGCAGAAGUUUUUCCUGAGCAUAAAUACGAAAUUGUUUCUCAGUUGCAGAAAAUGAAACACAUAGUGGGUAUGACGGGUGAUGGAGUAAACGAUGCUCCUGCUUUGAAGAAGUCAGAUAUUGGGAUAGCAGUAGCAGGUGCUACAGAAGCUGCUAGAGCUGCAGCAGACAUAGUUUUAACUCAACCCGGCUUAGGCGUGAUAGUAGAAGCUAUCAUCGGAGCAAGAAAAAUUUUUCAAAGGAUGAAAAGCUAUGCAAAGUACACAGUAGCCAUGACUUUUCGUAUUUGCUUCACUUUCGGACAUCUAACCGUUAUAUACAACUGGAACUUUCCAACUAUCUUAAUUGUACUACUAGCAAUCUUUAAUGAUGGAGCUAUGAUAGCACUGUCAAAAGACAGAGUUUCAUCUAGCCCUUAUCCUGAAAGCUGGCUUUUGCGCGAAAUUUUCGUUGCGGGCUUAAUUUACGGCCUGUAUUUAACAAUUUCCUCUUGGGUACUGUUUUAUUUAGCCUCGCACACCGCUUUUGGUCAGUUGUUUGGUUUGUCAUAUAACUUGGCGUACACUGAGGCGAUGGAUUUUUGUAGCAAAAUACCUAAUAUUGAUUCUGCAGCAAUUUCUACUUGUUACAACGACAUAGUUUGGGAGCGACAGUCACGUUUACGAGCUCUAAUGUAUGCUCAGGUGUCAAUAUCAGGUCUCUCUCUAUAUUUGUAACGAGAACGAGGAACUUUUCUUACAUCUGCAGACCUGGCAUUUACUUAAUUGUGGCUUUCGUAAUAUCUCAAUUAAUAGCAACCAUAGUAGCAAUUUUUGGUUUUGGGGGCUAUCCAAAGCCUUUAAAUGGAAAAAAUUGUAUGUACUGUGAGCAUCAUGAGGCAACAGGCCCUACAAGCGACGUCAGAAGCUUCUUGCAACCUUCUGUCUUAGGAUGUGGCGGGUGGGUUCUAGUUGCGUGGAUAUGGUCCCUUAUUUGGUACCUUUUGUUGGACCCGUUGAAGAUGUUUAUGAAUUAUAUUUUCGAAAAUGGUUUUGUAACGCUGUUCACUGGCCUUGGAAUUAGAACUACGUUUAUUGGAGGGAAUGCUUCCACAGCUAUGGCAGCCAGCCGAGCAAGCACUAGCGCACGCAAUAGUCGGACAGGUUAUCCUCGACCUUCUCGGGCAGUCCGCAAUUCCAUAUAUUAGAAGACAUAAAAGUUUCAAACUUC